GUAUCUUGAAAGAAUUUUGUAAACCAAACAUCUGAGAGUUUUGAUUGGAAUAAUUUUUCUAAAAGUUUUGAAGUGUUUGAGAUUUGUGCCUUGCCUCCUGAUAAUUGAUAGGAGCAGGUUCUGUUAACUUUGAUCUGGUGAGAGAUAAGAAAGGUGGUAAAUCUGGAGGAUGUUCACUUAAUGAAAUACUCCCAAUAUUUCCUGUUUUCAUCUGUGUAUUAGUUGGGGCUCGGGCAUGAGAAAUUGGUAGAAACCAGAUUUUCUGAUAAAGAGCCAAAGUCAAGUGCCAGGAUGAAGUUAAUUCAUCUUGUAUGCUGAGCGGCUGAGUCUAUGUUACAAUGCCUUAUUUCUCGUACCAAUGUGUGCUGGACAAAUAUUGUUUACAGACGGAAUUCAUAAGUGUUUUUCUGUAAAGCACAGGAAACUUUGUGAUUCUCAUUGAGAGAUUAAUUUUUCAUUUUCACAGAAUUCUGUGAUCAAUGAAGAAAACUGUUUUUCACCAUGGUGACUUAACAAAGGACAAGGUGCCUGAUUCUGAGAAAAUCAGAAAAAUGGCAUCGGACAAAAUGAGGACGGGGUUCACCAAAAUCAAAAUGUAUUUGAAGGAGCCCCGGAGCAGUGAUGAAAUGUGGUGUAUUUUCAGAGUGGCUACCCCAGGGGAACCACCGCCCAGCCAGGAAGAAAAGGCGGGAAAGGUGGAGCAGACGACAGGGACAAAGAAAAAUGGCAAUCUAGAUAGAAAAGAAAAGAAUUUCUCCCAGCAGGCUGAGGAAGGAGAUGGAGGGGCCAUGGAGCAAAUACAGCUAACAGAACAGAUUGCUAUGGUACAGGACAUGGUGCAGGAGAUGAAGCUGAGUUUUACCUCGGCUAUGGAGGAGCUGGCCAAGACACAGUAUGGAGACGAUUCUCUACACCAGCAACUGUCAGCCGACCGGGAGAGCAACCUACGACAAAUUACCGAGCUCACCGACCUCGUCAAAAGUCUCAAGUCUGAGGUAGACUCCAUUAAAACUGAGCUGAAAGGAGUUGUGGCUACACAGAAAACUUUGGAGGAAAAAUUUAAGUCUGAAAAGCCCCGACUGGUGGACUCUCCUGCUCCAGACUCGUCCAGAAAAGAUGUGGCCCCAAUGGUGCAGCCUUAUCUUGCUAGUCUUCAUCAGCAGAAAGCUGCUGAUGACUGUGACACACACUCGGUGACGGCUCUUGCAUGUAAGAGUCUGAACCUGUCCCAGGCCCUGCACGAGAAGUGUCUCCAUCUGGAGCUCUCAUCAAGUGACGAGGAUGAUACUCUCAGAAAUCUACAGGGCUCUGGAUUUUUCAUGGACAAAGAUGGCAGUUAUUACCUUGAUGAUAAACAUGUUCAUCCAAGAAAAUUACCUCUCCAUGAAAGGGUGGUGGAAGAAGUGCAAAGGGAAAAGGCUGCCCAAGAGAUUGUUGAGGCUGAGAGGUCCUACUGUUCCCAGCUCUGGACGUUAAUUGAUGCAUACAUGAACCCACUGAGGCAUGCAGACAUCAUGACAACCAGAGAGUUGUCUGCCCUCUUUCCCACCUACAUCCCUCAGAUGUACGAGCAGCACUGUCUGCAGCUUCACAAGAUGGAGGAGAGACUGAUGAAGUGGAAGAUCUCGGGCAUGCUGGGAGAUGUGUUUGUCAAAAUGCUAGAGAAACAAGACGGAGAGGGACUUGCCCUGUACAAAGAAUACAUCAACGACUUUCCAUCCAUCAUCAAUAACAUGAACCAGUGGUUUUCUCAAUCGCCUCAUUUCAAGUCCCUCAUGGGGAGUUCAAAUUUAGCUUCAUCAAAUGUUAUACCUCUGCUUUUGGAGCCAUUACAACAGAUACCUAAAUACUCACUUUUGCUGAAGAAUCUGUUGAAGCACACAGCAAUGGAUCACCCAGACAGACAGUACCUGGAGGCGGCCCUCUACAGCCUCAAGAGUUUCCUCUACAUCAUGAACAAUGACAUUGAACACGCCUCGCAGUUCCUCAACGUCUCUCGGUCACGAGAGAGUGGGAAUUCAAUGCGUUCUCGUUCUAGUGGGAGUAGUGCUGAGGCCAAUCAGGUGUCCAGUGCCAGGGACAGUGGAAUCCAGGAGGAUGAAACGCGUCACCCCGCCUCACCCAACACUGCAAAGAGAUACGUGCUGCAGGUGUUGAGGGAGCGGAGAGAGAGGGAGGAUCAGGGAUACAGGGACCGCCCGGUCACUGUCCCCUCUCGACAUCAUCAUGCAUUUGGAAGUCAUCCAGAUUUAUCUGCACAGGAGUAUGUUGACCUCAUGAACACUAGCAAAGAGAGCAGUGUCUACUUACCCUAUCAGUCUGGCCACAAGAUGUAUUCUUCCCUGUCCAAAAUACCUGCCAACAAGGUGCCAGAAAUCCGUAGUCCCGAAAAACCUCCAAGGCGAAUCAAAAUACGGAGGCGACCUGACAAUCCAAAGAGUGCAAUCAAUUCAAAUUAUCUUCGCCCACUCACACCUCAUUUUCCAUUUUCAAGUACUCCGACAACUCACACAACUUUCGAUGAACAGGAGAAUUUGAGACCUCCUCCUUCUAGCAGAAGAGGACGGACCAGACCAGCAAGUUCCAUUGAUUUCACCAACAGAGGAAAUGAGAGAAGAGACCAGAUGUUGGAAGAUUGGUCAUUCCAUGGUUCAAGCCUCAACUCACCCAGAGAUCAUCCAGGAGAGGGGAGGGCCAGGAAUGAGCUGCAUCUGUCUCUUCAGAGAUUGUUGGCUGAGCGAGAAAGGGAGGGCAGUCAUAGACAGGAGGACAGAGACCAGUACUUCCAACCUGUCACCACUUCCUCAGAACCUGUAGGACCUGCUGAAGACAGAUUUGGCCCCGCAUCUUACAAUGGAUACCAGGCAGGUAGACCUGCAUUCCAGAGGAAGAUUGUGGAGGACUAUGGGAUAUAUGGUGAUGAAGAUGAAGAGGAGGAUUUUGGAAAAGAUGAGAAUUUAUCAGGUUCUUUUCACUCUCAGAAUACUAGUAGCCCAAUGAAAGUUCGAAAUGAGAAUCCAUACGAGAACUUUCAUCAGAGGAGAACUUUACCAGAGGUAAGAAGUGUAAAACAAGAGGUUCCUCAAGGUCACAGAGAAAAGCCUCUUCCUAGUCCACGAAGAAAUGAAUCUCAAAAAUCCAGAAUGUCGGACUCCUCUACUAAGUUACCUGUGGAGAGAAAAACCUCUAAUGAUGCUAGUGGCAGUAAACAGCUGAAACCUGAACACUUAGUGCCAGCUCCUGCUGAAAAUUCAAAUGGAGCUUUGAAUAAGCGGAGGGAUAUGCAAGCAUUUGAAAUGGAGCCUAUUGAGUAUUCAGAAAGUAAUAAGAGGAACUCUUAUGUGCAGGCUGAGAAACCAUCAGAAGACGAUAGCUCAUACAGGAAGGAAAGUCAUAAAAACUCACCAGAUAUCAAUAAAAAUGACUUGAAGCUUGAUGUAAAGGCUGCUGAGAGUUUAACCAUGAGGUCCACGCCUCAAAAUACUGAAUCCCCUUCACGUCCUUCAUCGGACCCUGUCACUACAACGAGUGGUCCAGUUCUCCGGAAUUCCAACAAAACUGCCAAAAAGCUCCCUGUUCCGAGCGGGAGAUUGAGCUAUCCAAAUCUAGACCAGAUGUCUUCUGCCUCCAAAAUCCCAUCUCCACCUGUUACACCUACUGAUGGAAAAAAUCUGAAAGCUUUAGCCAGGGACACUAAAAUCCCCAUGUACAUGCCCAAAAGGAAGGACAAAGGGGGCAAAGGAUCCAUGGAGAACAUCUCAAAAUCUACUGAGGAUGUGUCCAAAGUCAAGAAAAAGACCAAGUUUGGUUCCAUUAAGAGUUUUUUCGGACGUAAAAGGCCGGGCAUGGAUGAAAUGGAGACAGUGGAUGUGGUAGAAAAUAUUUAAAGACUUCUCAUCAGCCCAGGAUCUAAGGGAAUCGGAAUCAAUUGAUGUUGAUAACAAAAGUGACAUCCUGUCAACUGAAUGCUGGGUAGAAGACGAUAUUGGAAUCCACAAUAAAACAACGAAAGACUGAAAUUGAAACUAUUAUUUCAAAGUUUCUGACCUCAGUAGAAGAGUCAAGUUUGAACAAUCUCUUCUCAAAGUUUAUAAGUGGUUGAAAAGCAAAUGCAUGUUUAUAAAAAAGUGCUAAACAAUUAAACAAGCAAAGAAUUUGUACAUGACCGUCUCAACAUGGAAAUUGUCAAAAUUCCAUAUCAUAAACUGGUCUGUUCACUUUCAUUUUUCGCAAGGACCAGUGAUGAUUUGAAAUACUCUUAAAUAGAAUUUCCAAGAGAGAACAUGUACCAUGAAUGAAAUAUAGUGUGGCAAUACAUGUAUUGGUAUUCACUAUUGUUAGUUUGAUGAUGAUUCCAAUUAUUCAGUGUACCCAGGUAUAUUGUACAUGUACUUUCAAUAUAUUGAUCUGUACAUAUCACAAAACCUGCUGAAAACUAGAGCACAAAAGUACAUGUUUUGUCAUGUGCUACAUAUUUUACAAAGAUUAUUUCUGCCAGAAAAAGUUAACAGAGGAAAACAUUUUUUUAGACCAAUUUCCUAUUGUUCAUUCAAGAAAUAUUAAUAAUCAUUUUUUCCUCAAAUUAGUUAUAAUGCGGAACAUGUACAGAGAUUUUUUAAAUGUUGGUUUUGCACAGAAAGAAAACAUUUGAUAUUACAUGUAUUUCUGAAUGGAGAAUGUGAAUUAGCUUUAAUGGCUAUAUCAUAAAGAACUGAAUAACAGAGAACUUUGUAACAGAUCCGUAUGGAGUACAUUUGACAGUCUUCCAGUGUACAGUUUUCUGUACAGAGUCAGAAAUAUAUUUUUAUUGCAUUGUAUUUUAUAUACAUGAACUUAACAAUCAAGAUAUUUGAUUAAAUAUUUAUUGAAACCA